AUGACAAUUGACUUAAAUUCCAAAUUUUACCAUGAUUUUCCGCUAUUUUUAGAGGAAUUAAACAACAAAAUAAUUCGCUUUUGCAACAUCGAUACCGAGAACGAGGAACGGGUAAAGCUCUUAACGGCUUCGCGGUAAAACAUUAAAAUCGCUAUCGGCAAACAUCACCCGUCGCUUUUGAAUAUUCAUAAGAUGUAAUAACUUAUACGGGGGCCGAUGCGAGCAUCCAAAUUUUUCGUUUCGGACGGUCAAUUUCGUGUGGUAGUGCCGUCGAAUACGCGCGUAAUGCCUCAAAAGUCAUCAAUGCGACGUCGCUGAUAGAUUUCACUUUCCGCGUUGCCAAAAUUUUGUAAAUCUAUUCGAAUUUAAACUCCGUAUUAUAUCCAACAAGUCGCGCCGAGGGAAAGGUCAACCGAGACACUUUCGAUUGUCGACCGGUUCGAAUAACUCUCUCUGUCGACGUACUGGUUUUGAUCAAAAAUGAAGUUACUAACGGCUACUUUUGUGAUCCUCGCGGUGACUGCCAUCGUGAUUCACGGCGCGCCAGCCGAAAACAAGAGUUUGGGAGGAACCGAAUCCAAAUUUCUUGGACAGCCCUUCGACGAAGUGGUUGUCGAGUCCACUCUGAACGUCAAAAGGAAAUCUGACACCAGACAGUCGCGAAAGCAAGGCAGCGAAAUCAAGAGAGCCAAAAGGCAACACGGAUCGAGAAAUUCGUUUCCGUUUCCGAAUUUCGAAGAAGGCAGCUCGGCCCAAGCGGCCGCUCAAGCGCAAUCGCACCGGGCAGAGAGCCCUUUCGGGGCAUUCGGCGCAUCCGGUAAAAUUUACGCUGUCCUGUCGUUACAUUCGUUCUCCGCUAGAUGCCGCUUUCUUUCCUCCCCGCAUCUUCGUGUACUUUCCGCAUCUUUACGUCACAGCUUCUUCUAUACUUUGGUCUCUUGCCGCCCGCGUGUUACUCUACCUCACUAUAUUUUUAUAGUCUGUGCUCUACCUCCUCAGUUCAUUUCAACAAUCGAUUGGUUUGUUAGUUUUUGAA